AUGUUGUCUAACGCAAAGUUCCUACUACCAUUGGCCAUGGCUUCUACCGCUUUCGGGUUGGUAUCCAACUCUAGCUCCUCUGUCAUUGUGGCGCCAUCGAGCGACGCUUUCAUCGGCGGUAACGGCACUGCUACCUCUUCUUCUGUUCCAGUUUUCUACAACUCUACUGCUACCACAACACAAUAUGAAGUCGUUAGCGAGUUUACUACCUACUGUCCUGAACCAACCACAUUCGUAACAAACAACGCUACAUACACUGUCACAGCCCCAACGACUCUGACAGUCACCAACUGUCCUUGUACUAUCGAGAAGCCAACUUCUAAAACCACAGCUUCCUCUACACAUGACGUGGAAACAAACGUCAAUGCUGCUAAUGGAAAGGUAAUUCCAAACGCCUUGGGUUUGGCCGGGGCCGUUAUGAUGCUAUUAUAA